AAAGCGUCCCCUCAACAUUUCAGUGUGUGCCAAGAAGUUCUCAGGCUCAAACUGAGCAAUGGCAGCUCAGUUUGCAGCGGCAACAGCAGUCUUCCUGAGCUGCCUUCUUGCUCUUGCAGCACUUGCAAGCUGCAACACUGAAGGUGACAUCCUGUACAAGCAAAGGGCGACAUGGAAGGACCCAAACGAUGUGCUCGUGAGCUGGGAUCCGACUCUUGCCAAUCCCUGCACCUGGGUCCAUAUCACUUGCAACAACGACAACAGUGUUAUUCGUGUAGAUUUGGGGAACGCAGGCCUAUCAGGCACUCUGAUUCCAGAUUUGGGAGGACUGCAGAACCUCCAGUACCUGAUGUUGUAUGGGAACAAUCUGACAGGGCCCAUACCUGAAUCUCUGGGCAAUUUGACGAGCCUUGAGAGGCUGGAGCUUCAGAGGAAUGCGCUGAGCGGUGCAAUCCCAUCCUCUCUCGGGAACAUCAAAACAUUGCAGUUCAUGAAGUUGAACGCGAAUAUGCUGACCGGCACGGUUCCAUUGGAAGUCCUCUCUCUUGUCAUUGCUGGGAAUCUGACCGAGCUAAAUAUUGCAAACAACGACUUGGCCGGCACAGUCAGAUCAUCUGGUUUGAGAGUGACUGCAAUCAUCCAGGACAAGCUGAAGACUACAUGAUGAGUCCCUGGGUGUGGACAUUGGCUUUCUUCAUGACAAUGUUUGACAAAAAAAAUAGUAAAUAAAUAAAUCCAGUGACAUGGAUUGAUCUAGACAUCUUGUAGUAUGAUGAUAUGGCUGCUGGAUAAAUUCUAUUCUUCUCCGAUUUUUCCCUCGAGCAGCAUUAGCUAAUGAGAAUAUAUGGGGCGUCACUGUGCUAGAGAAAAAAAUUGUACCCAGUUUUCUUUUUUAUGUAAGUUCUUACUUUACAUAAAUUUCUAUAGAUUAUUGAAACAUCAUGACGUAUGACAUAUUUAUAUUAAUGAUACCACUAUAAACACUUCUUU